UAAUUGAAGAUUCCUGCUAACAGAACGGUUGAAUGAAAUGAGGAAAAUCCAAACCACAAAAUAAUAUCGCAAACGUUUGUAUGACAAGAGUUUUACUUCACUUUGCUUCAGAAAACCGGCUUUGCAACACGCGAGCCGUUUAUUUACACAGAAUUUUAUAAAGAGUGAUUUAUUUUGAAGUAUUUACAAAUGAUAUUUAUAAAUUAAAGUGUUGUGGUUAGUGGUACUAUGAUAACCUUUUGUGUCGAGUGACUUUGCAUUGAUCGUUUGUGUCUUGGACUGACUUCAGUUUUAGCAGAUAUGGCUGCGAAUAAAGCUGCUGUAGUCGUCAUGCUAUCAAUAUUAGCUCUCGUUGAAGCAAAGCCAAAAUGCAAAACGUUUGCAGAUAACGUUGUCUGCGUAGCCGGGAGCUCAGAUUACGAACUAGUGAGAGGCCUUGUGUCUGAUAAUAACAGAACAACAGGAAUAACUCUAAGAGACUGUAGAAUUACAAGCGUUGAAUACGAAUCGUUCAAUGAUCUCAAUUCGUUGACGUAUCUAGACUUAUCUAUGAACAAGAUACAGAGCUUAAAACUUGGUGUUAUAGAUGAACCUAAAAAGCUAACGUACUUAAAUCUCUCCUACAAUCAACUUACAGAAUUUCCUCUUGGACUAUUCGACCAGAUCACAAACCUAGACCUCAUAGAUUUGAAAGGAAACAGAAUUAAUAAGUUAGAGUUGGGAAUAUUUGAUACUCUUCCCAAGCUGAAGUUUGUAGACCUGUCAAGCAAUGCUUUUCUAGGCAAAGAUCUUAAUCCUUAUAUAUUUGACCAGAGCCCACAUAUAACAUAUAUGGAUUUUUCAAGAAACAAUAUGGAAGACUCGCCUGAGAAUUUGUUACAUGCUUUUCAAUCUCUAGAGACUUUAAACUUGGACAGGUGUUUCUUAAGCAAAGUUCCAAUCUUUGCAACUACGGCUAAUUUGAGAACAAUGAAACAUUUGAUUUUAUCCACAAAUCAAAUAACUAGUCUUGAUAACGCUGCUUCUUUUGUUAACCUGGAAAACUUGCAACAAUUGGAUUUAACAGCUAAUUUGAUUGAGACCAUCAACCCCAAUAUACUGUCGCCACUAAAACGUCUUCAGAAAGUGGACUUGAAAAAUAACAAGAUAGCAGUUAUACCAGAUAACCUAUUCAAAAAUUUGCCGAAGUUGAUUACAAUAGACUUAUAUGGAAAUCAACUGCAAAAUGUCCCCGUAAACGCUUUUAGAGGGAUUCCUUUGAAAAAUUUAAAUAUAGCAAACAACAAAGUGACAUACUUACAAGAUAACUUUUGUCUUGAACUGAGGAACUCAGGAGGGAAAAUAAAGAAAUUACUGUUUGACCCGAAUCCAUGGCAAUGUGCUUGUCUCAACGACUUGUUGAAAGAAGUCAAAAGACUUGGAAUUGAAUACAACAGUGGAAAAUAUGAUGGAAAACGUCCAGUUUGUGUUUCAACCUCUGAAUUUUCUUGCAAACGCCAGGAAAGUGUAAACGACUUGUAUAUUGAAAUGUUCAAUGAAGCUAAAAGGAAGUAUUUUAAACAACAGAAAAAGAAAUAAUAACGCCAUCUAUGAAAUAUGGAAAGAACUAAAUUGUUAGAAAUCUUUUCACGCGCGGGACCAGCGACAUCUGUUAUUUUAUAAUGUAAACAUAAGUUCACUAGUUCUUGGUUUUACCGUAAGAUGUCUCUGAUUUAAGACUGAAGUUUCAUGUUUUAGUUUUAGUUAAUUUUUGUUUUGUUUCACUCAAUUAAGGUAGUUAUUGUAAGAAUUUGCAGGCAGAAGUGUACAUUUAUGACUACACUUCCCCACAAGUAUGCGCUAUGUAAUAAAGAGUGAAACGGCCUUUACAGGUAGUCUAAAUUAAGUAGUAACCUUAAUACUCAAAACAAUAUAACAUACUUUUACUUAAUUUAUAUCCAAAAGAAAUUAUAGCUCUAUUACUCCACUAAUGCUCAAAACUAAAAUUGCUUCGAAAUUAAUAUAUUUUUAAUUUUAAAAACUCAAUUUGGCAAAUGAACUAAUAAUCAUAAACAAUGUUUUGCUGCCAUCAUUAUGGUUAAUCGGUUUCUAUUCGUCUAUGGAGUAUAAUAGACUAAACUCAUUUUUAUAGUUUCAAGUCAAUUUCAUAGAUUUUGAAACCACACACUUGAGAUCAGAAAAAAAUAUGCGCGACCCUUCUUAAGUGAGGGUUCUGUAGAAUUAAAAAUGUAAUUAUUAUUGUUAGUAGGUAUAUAGACGAUUGUGACAUUAUAACUAGGUAUUUUUAUUUUGUACAUUUUAACUAGGAUCUAUUUUUAAUAAUGAUUUUUUUAAUUAACAAAAAAAUCACGGUUUAC